UCUAAUUCCCCUCUCCUCCCUCUCUCGAUCUUCACCGUCGAUUCCUUGGCCAUGUCGACGGCGGAGAUGGAGCAGCUGACCUCCGGAGCCAGCAACCGCAUAAUCCCGAUCCUCAAAACCCUAAGAGGCUUCCUCCUCCUCAUCCACACCUUCUUCCUCUCCUUCCUCCUCUGCCUCCUACCCCGCCGUCGCCGCAGCGGAAUCUCGGAGUCACUGCUCGAUGCGCCGUCGUCGAAGAAGCGAAAGUCGGCUUUCAGGAGAGAGGAGGAGGACACCUUCAGGCGCAGAGCAUUGGCUGAGGGGUAUCAAACCGGCGACGCCCACUGCUGGUACCGCUCUGCCACGUUCUUGUUCUUUGGUGGUCGCAACAACGCCCUCUUCUGCCGCUCAUGGUUCCCGGUCUCUGGUAUUCCAAGGGGUAUUUUGAUCAUCAUACAUGGGCUUAAUGAGCACAGUGGAAGAUAUGCUGAUUUUGCAAGGCAACUAACCUCAUGCAACUUUGGGGUGUAUGCAAUGGACUGGAUAGGUCAUGGCGGCAGCGAUGGAUUGCAUGGAUACGUUCCUUCACUUGACUAUGUUGUUGCUGAUACUGGUGCUUUCUUGGAGAAGAUUAGGUUAGAGAACCCUGGAGUACCAUGCUUCCUCUUUGGUCACUCAACAGGAGGAGCUGUUGUUUUGAAGGCGGCUGCCACCCCUCAAAUUGAAGGAAUGCUAGAGGGUAUUGUACUGACAUCACCAGCUUUGCGUGUUAAGCCAGCGCAUCCAAUUGUUGGGGCUGUGGCUCCAAUUGUUUCUCUGGUCGCUCCCAAGUUCCAGUUUAAAGGUGCAAACAAGAGGGGAAUUCCAGUGUCGCGGGAUCCAGCACAAUUGUUGGCCAAGUACUCUGAUCCCCUGGUCUAUACAGGUCCAAUCAGGGUCCGAACAGGCUAUGAGAUAUUGCGGAUCUCCACUCAAUUGACACGGAACUUUAAGUUUGUGAAUAUCCCCUUCUUUGUUCUUCAUGGUACUGCUGAUAGAGUCACCGAUCCGCUAGCCUCCCAGGACCUCUACAAUGAGGCAGCAUCCGAGUUCAAAGAUAUAAAGCUCUAUGACGGUUUCUUGCAUGACCUUCUGUUUGAGCCGGAGCGUGUAGAGAUUGCACAGGAUAUAAUUGACUGGAUGGAUAAGAGAUUGAGUGCUGGCAGUCGAAGAUGUUAACGGCCUGUAAUUCAAUUCGCCUACCCCUAUUCCGAAAAAAAAAGAAAAGCAUCGGAAAUUUACAUGCGUAGGGAAUCAUCGUUUUUGAAGCAGUUAGGCCAUAUAUCCUACUAUAUAAUUUUAGCAGUUCAAAGUUAUUUACAUUUAAGCGGGUUUCUUGUGAUCAUUCUUCAACGCUGGUGUCGUGUUUCGUUUGGUCCUGCCGCGGUUAUGAACUUGGGGAUGGAGACCGGAGAGCAUCAGAAAAACUCACAUUCUGUGGAAGGGUGAGGUGUUUUCGGUGGUCCAAUGUAGCCAACUUCCUAGCUACAUAGCAAGAUUGAUUUCUAAAUGUGUAUAAAGAAUAUGUUCAUAUCUUAUGGAUCAAUGUUCAACCACAUAUUGACUUAA